AUAUAUAAAUUUUUUGUUAGUUAUAUAUAAUUUUGUUAAUUAUAAAUAUGUACAUUUUGCUACUUUUUUGUAACGACGAAAAAUAUAUGCGGACUAAUAUUUCACGAGAAGGAUAACAAUAAGAAUAAGAAAAGUAGAAAAGGAGAUUCCAUUUAAAAUUCUCACACUCAUACUCGAUAUAAGAAACUUUAAAGGAGUUAUCCCGUGAUUGAUUCCGUACCACCUGCGUCUUGCAAUAAAAAACACAUUCGUCUGACCAUGUAAACGUAAUUUCCUCUAUUUACAAUCCAGUCACGAUGACGAAUGAAACAACUUUCAUUUGAUCUUUUCAUUCAAGAAAUUCGCUAUCGUAUGAUGCGUGUACAAAUUUGUGUUCACCAAUCAUCAUCGCGUUCGCGAAAUUGCAAUUGAAAGUCUUAUACCUAUUAUUGCUGCAACUGGCAUGUGAUUGACGGGCUAAUUAUCGAUCAAUUCGCCAAUCACGUGAAACGAGAAGAAUGAUUAACUCGUAAAAGUAAAGUGGAUCGUUCUCCUCCUGUAUCUCAUAUUAUAUUUAAUAAUACUUUCUUUUUUAUCGAUACAUACUAAUAAAAUUAUAUGCUGCUGGCUUGUAAAAUAUAAUGCAUCAUAUAAUCAAUGACUUUUUACUGAAAUUCUAUGUUAUUUAUCAACAUGAAGAAAGUUUUGUGAAAGAUUAACAAUCAUUGUAAAAUAUAAAUUUUGACUUUAGCACAAAUAAAUCUCAUUUGCACAAUGCAAUUUGGUAAUUUCUACUAUAUACUAACGUAGAACAUAUUAUUUAAUAAAAAUUUAGUAUGUAGAUAUGAAAAACAACAUAAGUGACAUAAUGCAUGUUAUUUCUUAAAAUGUCUAAAAAUGUCAUUCUCGAAAUGACGACAGACUCUGCCGGUUCUCGGUCGAUCAUCCCAUCAUCAUCAGAAUUGAACCAAUCACCAGAUUUAGCUGAGAUGUCAAGAACUGAAGCUGUCAGGCAGGAUGUCAGGAGAUUGAAGAGCGUCACGCUGGGUAGAAUGGGCAAGAUGUUUAAAACGCGUAUGUCCGUCAUGGAACGAUCCUCUUUGGAUUUGGACACCGAUGUGACAAGCGUUGAUGAUAAUGACGAAAAAGCAUUGAAGAAAGAAAAAACAAACUCUUUAGGAAGGAUACUUAAGCUCGUCGACAAAGAUGGCUCACCCAAGAAACUUUUUACUCGUCCCCAAGCAGGAUCGCUAAGUCGUAUACUACGUAGACAUUCUCAUAAUGAGAACAAUGAAGUUAUCGAUAAAUCCGCGGAUUCUGUGCGUGGAAUUUUCUUUAGACUGCUCAACCAGUUGAGAGGAAAGUAGAAAAACUUGCGCCGAGCGAUUCUUUAGUAAUAAAUAAACCUCGAGUCUUGAUCGCGAAAUCUUGUUUAAAUCAGCGAGUUAACGUGCAAACUGGUCUAAGUGUAAAUAUCAUCUUUCGAAUUAAUUUUCUACAUUUUACCAAAAAAAUGGGAAUUGAGACAUUUGUAAUAUUGUUAUUACAAAAUUUUUUUUAAUUGAAAAGAAAAAAUACAUAGAAACAAUUUUGCGAAAGACUUGUCAUAACAUAGAAAUACAUAUUAAUUGCAGAUCGCUUCAUAAACGGAAUUAUUUAAUCUGAUGCGAGAAAACAAACAUAGUAAAUUCAAUUCUUUAUCAUCAUCUAAAAUUGUUAAACUGAAAGACAACUAACACUACAUAAAUAAGAUUAUCUACACUAGUAUUAUCUGGAAAAUCAAGCAAGAAAAUGCAAUUAUAUAUAUUAGGUUGUUCAUUAAGUUCUGCGGUUUUCUUGAUAGAUAGCGUUUGUCCAUUGAAA